AUCCCCUUGCUCUCAGUGUCUCUCCCAGUACUCUCCCUGUUGUUCCCAGUGCUCCACUAUUACUCGGAGUGCCGCGCGCGGCGCGCUUGUUUUGCAACCCCCGCAGGGCAGAGCGCGGCUGCUUUUGGGUAUCAGCACUUGCCCGGGCCGGACUGGGACGGAGGACGAAUGGGAGGAAGAGGAUGGACAGAGGAACAGGAGAAGGAAGAGGAGGAGCCCAAACACCACGCGGUUUCCCCGCUCCGGCCGCAGCUCCCCCGGCUCCUGCUGCAUCGCCCCCCGGAACCCGCAGACAAGGAGCUGAGGACGGAGACCAUUGAGGACAAAUCCCCACAGCAGAACCUCGUGGAAGAGGCUGUUUUGAGCGGCUCCACAGCACAGGAAUCCAAUGGGGUGGAAAAUCCCCGGAGAUCCCGCACGAGGAGGGGCUGCAAACGCAGAUCUCGGGGAUCCGAGGAGGAAAGCCCCCCCCUGGGCCGGGGUGGUGGCCAGAGCUUGGAGCAGGGGGUCCAUGAGCAGCUCCAGGAUGGGGAGAAGCCCCACAAGUGCUCGGAAUGUGGGAAGAGCUUCAGGUGGAAAUCCAACCUAGUCGAGCACUGCAGAAUCCACACGGGGGAGAAGCCCUAUGAGUGUGGGGAGUGUGGGAAGAGCUUCAGCCAGAGCUCCCAUCUGAUUGUCCACCAGAGGAUGCACACUGGGGAGAGGCCCUACGAGUGUGAUAAAUGCAAGAAGAGGUUUCAGACCAAGUCCUGUCUCCUCAGUCACCAACGCAUUCACACAGGGGAGAGGCCCUUCCAGUGCCCUGACUGCGGGAAGGGCUUCAGGGAGAAAUCCACCCUCGUAAAGCACCGGCGCAUCCACAGCGGGGAGAGGCCCUACGAGUGUGGUCAGUGCAGGAAGAGGUUUCACACCAGCUCCUACCUCCUGCUCCACCAGCGCGUUCACACAGACGAGAGGCCCUUCCUCUGCCCCGACUGCGGGAAGGGCUUCAAGGAGAACUCCAGCCUCGUCACCCACCGGCGCAUCCACACCGGAGAGAAGCCCUACGAGUGUGGGCAGUGUGGAAAGAGGUUCAGAGAGAGAUUCAGCCUGAUUCUCCACCAGAGGAGCCACACAGGGGAACGGCCCUACGAGUGUGGGGAGUGUGGGAAGAGCUUUAGAGAGAGCUCCAGCCUGACUGUCCACCAGAGGAGCCACACUGGGGAGAGGCCCUACGAGUGUGGGGAGUGUGGGAAGAGUUUCAUUACAAGCUCCAGCCUGACCGUCCACCAGAGGAGCCACACCAAGGAGAACCCCUACGAGUGUGAUCAAUGCAAGAAGAGGUUUCAGACCAUCUCCACUCUCAUCGUGCACCAGCGCAUUCACACAGACGAGAGGCCCUUCUGCUGCCCCGACUGCGGGAAGGGAUUCAGGGAAAACUCCCCCCUCAUCAAGCACCAGCGCAUCCACACCGGGGAGAGGCCCUACGAGUGUGAUCAGUGCAGGAAGAGGUUUCACACCACCUCCGAUGCCCUCAAGCACCAGCGCAUUCACACAGACGAGAGGCCAUUCCGCUGCUCCGACUGCAGGAAGGGCUUCAAGCGCAACUCCAACCUCGUCAGGCACCGGCGCAUCCACACUGGGGAGAGGCCCUACGAGUGUGGGCAGUGUGGGAAGAGCUUCUCCCAGAACGCCCAACUGAUCAUCCACCAGAGGAGCCACACGGGGGAGAGGCCCUACGAGUGUCCCCAGUGUGGGAAGAGCUUCACCAGGAAAAGCCAUUACCACUUACACUGCAGGAGUCACACAGGAGAACGGCCCUACGAGUGUGCCACGUGUGGGAAGAGCUUCUGCGACCGCACCGCCCUGAUCAAACACCUGAGGAGCCACACGGGGGAACGGCCCUACAUAUGUGAGGAGUGUGGCAAGAGCUUCAUCCAGAGCUCCCACCUGGCUGUCCACAUCAGGAGCCACAAUGGGGAGAGGCCCUAUGAGUGUAGGGAGUGUGGCAAGAGCUUCAUCCAGGGCUCCAGCCUGAUUGUCCACCUGAGAAGCCACAAUGGGGAGAGGCCCUAUGAGUGUGAGCAAUGCAGGAAGAGGUUUCUGAGACAUUCCCAUCUCCUCCGCCACCAGCGCAUUCACACAGAUGAGAGGCCCUUCUGCUGUCCUGACUGUGGGAAGGGCUUCAAGCAGAAGUCCAACCUCAUCAGGCAUCAUCGCGUCCACACCGGGGAGAGGCCCUACGAGUGUCCCGAGUGUGGGAAGAGCUUCUCACAGAGCUCUACCUUGACCAGACACCAACGAAGCCACCACUAAGGGAAGCCCUGUGAGUGCCCCGAGUACAGGAAGAGAUUUGUGUGCUGCUCCAGCUCCAUCCCCCAUGGGAGGAUCUGCUCUGGAUGAUCCCCAGUGACCCCAGUGGGCAGAGCCCCGGUGAUCCA